CCCCCCCGUCAGGCCCCUCCUCGACGCCCGGAACCUUCCUGCCCCCAGCAGCAGAUGCCUGGACCUUGGCCCCUGCUGGGAGCGGCUGCGGGCCCGGCCUGACUCGGCCGCUGCAGGCCUUCCCGGUUAAUGAUCAGCCAGCAGCGGAGCCGGCGUCGGGGGAGGGUCUGAUGCGGAGGAGGGAACCCCGGAGCUUGGCCACCCUAGAGGAGGGCAGGCCGGCCCCAGCUGCUCACUGUGAGGGUGUCCGGCACCCGGGGCGGCACCGCGGCCGGCUCAUCGCCUACAGCCUGGUGUUUGAGGACCCUGCCUGGAUCCAGGAUUCAGAUUCAGACACUGACUCAGAAGGGCCCCGGGCUGCCCCAGGGGGUCUGGGCCCAAGGGUUGGGAUUGGGGGUGAGAGGAGUGGUCUCCCGCUGGAAGGUCCCGUAGCUGAGCUGGAAUGGGACCCCACGGGGGAUGUGGGGUGGCUGGGUACCUUCAGGAGCAGGAGAGGCUGGACACCGGGCUCCCCCUGUGAAGUGUGCGGACACAUGGAGCCCCUGGGGGCGUGGUCCCUCCAGCCGUGGGGCGCCCCCCGGGCUGUGGCCCCCCCGGACAGGAAGCAGCCCAGCCCCCGGGAUGUGACCGUCCAGAUCCACAAGGAGGGGGAAGAGCCAGCCGGGGGUGCUCAGCCCCCCCGCGCCCGCCGCCCCCUCCUCUUUGUGCUGCUCCUGCUGCUCCUUGGGGUGGCGUGCCUCCUGCCGCCCCCCAGGGGGCCUCACUGCCCCCCUCCACGGCUCCCCGGGUCCCUGCACCUGGUCCUCAGCUAUGUCAACGGCCCGCCCCCAACCUGAGCCCCCAGGCCCUCCAGGCAGACCCCUGGAAUAAAGCCGACAAACCCGA